AUGGCGGGGCCGGUGAAGGACCGCGAGGCCUUCCAGAGGCUCAACUUCUUGUACCAGGCCGCCCACUGCGUCCUCGCGCAGGACCCGGAGAACCAGGCGCUAGCGAGGUUUUACUGCCACACGGAGAGGACCAUAGCGAAGCGGCUCGUAUUACGGCGGGACCCCUCGGUGAAGCGGACUCUCUGCCGUGGCUGCUCUUCCCUCCUCAUCCCGGGUCUGACCUGCACCCAGCGCCAGAGACGCUGCAAGGGUCAGCGCUGGACUGUACAGACCUGCCUGACAUGCCAGCGCAGCCAACGGUUCCUCAACAACCCAAGGCAUGUGCUCUGGGGAGACCGACCUGAGGCCCAGCUGGGGAACCAGGCAGAUCCCAAACCACCACAGCCCUUGCCAAACACAGCCCACCCCAUUCCAGCCCAGCUUCCUGAGGAGAAAGUGCAGCCUCAGAGCUCCAGUCACCAGUGA